CUGAGGCGAAGUGCUGGUGCGCGCUCGGAGACCCCCGUUAACUGCGCGCACACGCUGUGUCACCAUGAGCAGCAGUGUAUGGGGUGGAUCUUAAAUCAUAACAGCAAGAUGAACGUACGGCACAUCUUUCUGAGCGCAGCAUCAUAGCCUUCCCUCGCGAUCCUGAAGCCUUCACGCUGCACGAGACACUCCGGCUCGGCCACACUGCCUGCUGCUGCCCGGCGGGUAGGCGGAGGCUGGAAGGGGGAACACAUCUAUUUUCUCCUAAUAAUAAUAAGCAACAAAAUGAAGCGGAGGAAGAUGGUGGUAGCGGCGGGCUUCUGCCUCUCGUUCCUCAUGGGUACGCUGAUGAAUUUAUUGUUCAUUCCGGGAUUCGAGCACCACGGCGAGCGCGUGCAUCGCCACCACCAGCACGAGAAACUGCAGCCGCAGCAGCAGCAGCCCGACGCGGACUCUCCUGCCCGGCUUCAAAUCGAGGACCUGACACCCUCCGCCGGACGACUCCCGGAGCUCCAGCGGCAAAUACGUGAGCGAUUAGAUGAGGUUCUGCGGUACCGCCAGAGACGCGCGCACUGGGUCGGCACCGGAGCGCUCGAGCGCAGGCGGCUCAUGGACCUGGAGCAACGCGGAGAGUGGGAAUCAUACAAAGGAAUCGAGAAAAACAAUAAUUACGAUCAGUCUCGAGCUGUAUCCAUAGCAACAAAGUCGGUGCUCGGCUGCGGCAGUAUUGAUAACGUUACCGAUGUCCAGUAUCUGGGCUCGGGAUACACGAAGGCGGUGUACAAGGCGGCUCUGAACAGCAGCUUCUCCGUCGCGUUGAAAUCCGUCGAUUUCGGGGGUCACGACAUGGAGAAUUGUGUGAAGAAAUACGCAUCAACGACAGACUGUUACAAACUCGCAUCCUUCAAAAUUGUCAAGGAAAUGACCCUGAUGGAGAGAUUACAGCACCCUAAUAUUCUCAAGCUGUACGGAUACUGCUACCAGGACAGCAACGAUAUAAAGGACACGGUGACGGCCAUCACAGAGCUGGGAAGCCCUCUGGAGAUGAUCACGCUGCUGCAGACACCCUGGGACGAGAGAUUCAGGAUCUGUUUGAGUCUGAUGAGGCUGCUGCAUUAUCUGUCCCACUCCCCGCUCGGGUCCGUCACCCUGCUGGACUUCAGGCCACGGCAGUUCGUUCUGGUGGGGGGAGUGCUGAAAGUGACCGACCUGGACGACGCCAGUGUUGAGGAGACGCCUUGCUCCCCGUCUUCUCCUUCAGACUGUCUCAUGGAGUUCCCCGCACGCAACUUCACCCUCCCCUGCCACAAGGGCCGCUGUCAGGGUAUCAACGAAAAGAGGAACCUCUACAAUGCCUACAGAUUUUUCUUCACCUACUUGUUACCUCACAGUGCCCCCUCAGCACUGAGACCCCUUUUGGAUAAAAUCGUCAACUCUACAGGAGAGCUGAUAUGGAGCACCGACGAGACUCUGGUUCACCUCGAAAAAGUGCUGGAUAUCUACAGGAACGGACAUUACCUCAAGAAUAACACGCAGACACACAAAACAGAGUAUAAGCGUGUGUUAGACGCCUCGAUAGCAGCAGAGAACUACCGCUGCUGGCCGUCCUAUCAGCACGACGGAUGCCUGCUGUCAGUCUUCAGCGUUCAUGAAGCUGUCGACAUGUGCGAGAGCCACGUUCAGUGCCGGGCCUUCGUCUUGACCAACCAGAGCACGUGGACAGGUCAUCAGCUUGUGCUCUUCAAAACCGGAGCGUCCAGCCUGAGCGCGGCUCCGGGGAAACUCUCGUACAUCCGCCUGGGAGCCGCGGAGAGCUGAGUCAGGAUCUUCUGAUCGCCUCAGGACUCGAGGAGGACAGCAGAGACAGACUCCUUCAGGUGGAGGUCAGCUGUGUGCAAUACUGCCUCUCUGAACCUGGGAUUGGACUGUGAAUGUGUGUGUGUAUCUAGCAGAGAUUCAGAGAGGCUGUUUGUGCUUGUCCCAGCAACAUAUGUUGGUACAGUAUUUCUUCCUCUCCAUCUGUCAUUCUUUCUCUUUCUGUCUUUGCUCACACGUAAUCCUCCUUUAUUUGCUCUGAUAUCCAGCACUUUGUCUUCCAUGCGAAUCAGGGUUUAUUUGUUGAGCUUUUAAAAGCAUUUUCUUUGAGUUUAGAUCUGUUCAAAUAUUUGCUCUUGUAAAACAAAUUCUUCCGACAAUCGAAGUCCGAGUGUUCGCCUAGACCAGUCUAAACAAGUAAUUUAUUGGUUUGACGAAUGCAAACGCCUCUUUUAAAUUGAAUCAAGAUAGAUGUUUUCCGAAACAGAUUAAAUUAAGCAACAAAUCAAUCAUUUCUAUUUUUCUUUGUUCUUGUCAUUUAAGCUUUUCAUGUUCUGUUUUGAAAUUGAAUAUUAGUUUCAAUGGCAGAAUGCAAUGACCCAUUUGAGAGGUCAAUUGACGGCGGUUAGUCAGCCAAUCCCCUUGUGGUGUGAUAAAGUUUCCCAAGGAAAUGUCGAUCUGUUACUUGACAGGUGAAGGAGUUGGAGAGGUUUCUGCUUUCAGUGAAAGCACUGAGAUGUACAUGUACAUGCUUUCUUACGAGUCUUAUGGUUGUGUUGUAUAUGAGAGUGAUAUUUUUAUAUGGAAAAAUUAAAGUCGUGUGACUGGAAA